AUGAUUCAAAAGAACAUUGAGCAGUUGGUCGUCGAGAAAUCUGUAGAUGAGAUUUUUCACAUCCCAAAGAAACAAACUCUUGACCCGCCUACUCGGAAUAGUGCAGAUCAGGUUGUUGUAUCUUUAGUUCAGAUACUUUCAGCAUUUAAUGGGAUUUCAAAAAUUUUAUCGCGUUGUAGUGAACUGGCUUUUCGAAUGCUUAUGCGUGCGCACGGUGCCCACAUCACGAUGACGCCAAUGAUCCAUGCUCAUUUGUUUGUUUAUGACCAUACUUACCGUACUAACUCAUUGACAUUAUGUAAGGCAGAUCGUCCACUCAUUAUUCAGUUUUGCGCAAAUAAACCCGAUACAUUUCUCACGGCCUGUCGUUUGGUUGAAGGCGUAUGCGAUGGAGUCGAUCUUAAUCUCGGUUGUCCGCAAAUGGUGGCUAAAAAGGGGCGGUACGGUGCAUACCUUCAGGAUGAAGUGGACUUAGUGUGUUCUAUGGUAUCAGCUGUGAGGGAUUUUUGCCUCUUGCCAGUUUCAUGCAAAAUCCGCAUUCGUGACUGUCGCAAGCAAACUGUCGAUUAUGCACGCAGACUAGUUGAUGCAGGCGCAACAAUGUUAACGGUUCAUGGUCGUACUCGUGAAAUGAAAGGUGCUGACACUGGUCUAGCCGACUGGUCACGUAUUAGAGACGUAGUUGAGGCUGUGGACGUUCCCGUUGUAGCUAAUGGGAACAUUCAGAUGCCUGGUGACGUAGAAAGGUGUAUUGCUGAAACAAAGGCAGCAGCAGUGAUGUCUGCAGAAGGAAUACUACAUAAUCCGUUAUUAUUUAUGAAUAAGAAUGAGGAAAGUUGGUUAGUUGCUAAGGAAUACCUCGCGUUUGCGCGUAAAUACCAAGCGGGUACGAGUUCUAUACGGGCACAUAUUUUUAGGAUCUGUCAUCAUAGCUUGUUGGAAUAUUCUGAUCUUCGACUUCGUGUUUCCACCGAACAUCGUCUAGAGGACUAUGAGUCGAUCGUAGAGGAGAUACGUAUUCGAACUCGUCUGGCGGCAGAUACUGAAGAAGCACGUGAGCAAAUGGAGCUCGCGAGAGAUCUAUUUGAACGCAUUCGGUGUCCAAAAUUUUUCUCUUCCACGUUUGAAGAUCUGGAGAGAAACAAGGAGGCAUUAGCAGCAGAAGGGGAAAUGAAUUAUAAGGAAAAACGGAAGGAGCACCUCCAGAAAAUUGCCGAUGAACUGGGUCUUUCUUUGAAGCAAGCAAGAAAGAGGGAAAGGCGAAAGCUGAACGGACAGAGGACAACAAUAUCAAAAAGGGCUAUAUUUCCGCCUUGUUCACGGUGCAGUCAGCCAGCAAGCCAGGGCUGUGCGCAUUUGUUCUGCAAAAAGUGUUGUCGUUGGACCUGUAAACAGAAAGGAUGGGAUUGUAAAGCCCAUCGUUUCCGGUUUUCAUUCCUUCCGACCGAGAAUUCUCAGACAAAUGACGUGGCUGAUCUGUUCAAGGAGAUCUGA